UGUACCAAACAAGAUAUUAGUCAUACAAAAAGCUAAUGCUUGCAUUAUUUUUUCUAAUACCCCGUACCAAGCGACCCCUUAAAAUCUUUUCUUAAUCCAAACCAGAAAGAAUUUACACUUUAGUUGUUUACUUUUGCUGUACAUUUAUUUCAGUGCUUUUUUAAACCUGACUGGUUUUGUUUUCAUCUGAAUACAGAUUUUCUAAUCCAAUUAGUAAUGCAAUUAAAUAUUUCUCUAGCUAUAAUUUUAAAGGUUCCUCUUUAUGGAAUUGAUUGAGUAAAAAGGAAGGUAUUACUUAGAUUCUUCUCUUUCUCUUUCUGUCAUUCAUUUCAAGCUGGGGUUUUUCAAGAUUGUUCUUCUAGUUUCUGGGGUUCAAUGAUUUGGCUUUUUAUGAUAUGAUUUUUGCCUGUGUUUAUCCAUGGAACUCCUUUUCUCCAAAUGGGUCUCUGCUUUUCUACUCUGCUGUUGGCUCAGUUUCUUUAUUGGGCAUUCAGUGGUGGGGUUAAAUGGAAAUUCAAGAGUAAGAGCAGUGAAUUUAGGUGGAUGGUUGGUUAUAGAAGGAUGGAUAAAGCCUUCACUUUUUGAUGAUAUACCUAAUGGAGAUAUGCUUGAUGGAACACAGGUCCAAUUCAAAUCUGUGACUAUGCAAAAGUAUGUUUCUGCACAAAAUGGUGGAGGCUUGAAUGUUACUGUGGAUAGAGAUGAUCCUUUAGAAUGGGAAACAUUCAAGUUGUGGAGAGUUUCUGAGUCAGUGUUUCAGUUUCGAACUACUGAAGGGCAAUUUCUGACAUGCAGCGGCGAUGGUAGUAUUGUGACUGCAACAGCGGAGUCUCCCUCUGAUUCAGAAACAUUCUAUCUUGAAAGGAACUUCAACAAUAGAGUUCACAUCAAACUUAAAGGUGGAACUUAUAUACAGGCCUCAAAUGACAAUAUUCUCACAGCAGACUUUCCGGGGACACCAGGUUGGGAUGAUAAUGCAGCCACAUUUGAGAUGAUGGUUGUGGGAAAGAUGCAAGGUGACUACCAGCUCGCUAAUGGAUAUGGUCAUGACAAAGCAAAAGAGAUUCUUAAGAAGCAUAGGAAUAGUUUUAUCACUGUAGAUGACUUCGAUUUCUUGUACAGACACGGAAUAAACGCUGUAAGGAUUCCUGUUGGCUGGUGGAUAGCUUCUGAUUCAAAUCCUCCAGCUCCUUUUAUUGGUGGAAGUUUAGAAGCUCUUGAUAAUGCAUUCUCGUGGGCACAAGCUUAUGGCAUAAAGUGCAUAAUCGACCUUCAUGCGGCCCCAGGUUCCCAAAAUGGGAUGGAACAUAGCGCCAGUAGAGAUGGCACAGUAAACUGGCAAACAUCUCCAGAAUACAUAUCACAAACAUUGGAUGUUAUAGAAUUUCUAGCUUCCAGGUAUGCCGUACAUCCUGCCUUGCUUGGAAUCGAGCUUUUAAAUGAGCCAUCGGCUGCAGAUGUCCCACUGGAUGUUCUGGUUCCAUUUUAUAAGCAGGGGUACAAGAUUGUUCGAAAAUAUUCGACAACAGCUUAUGUGAUAUUUUGCCAAAGAAUUGGCAGCGCAGAUCCAUUUGAACUUUAUCAGGCUAACAUAGGCUCAUCAAACACAGUAGUUGAUUUGCACUACUACAAUCUAUUUGACAGAUACUUUGAUAAACUAACCUCUUUGGAGAAUGUUCAAUUUAUAUACAAGAGUAGACAAUCCCAAAUACAGGCUUUGAACAGCGCAAACGGGCCACUGGUGUUUGUUGGUGAGUGGGUGAACGAAUGGAAUGUAACUAACGGUUCCUUAGCAGAUUACCAGGAUUUUGGAAGAGUUCAGUUAGACGUAUAUAAUGCAGCCUCGUUUGGAUGGUCUUAUUGGACACUGAAGUGUGAAAAAAAGCACUGGGAUUUCGAGUGGAGUGUUCGGAACAAUUAUCUUCAACUACAACCAGGUGUGUAUGUAGGUAAUUCACCACGGAAGAGGAUAUCUAGAGUUAUACUAUUGCUUGGGGUGGCAUGCAUUUGGAUAUAAGCAUUAGAAAUUGAUACACGAGCCAAAGAAACCUUUUGAUUUCCGGCAUGAAUGAUGGGAUUGGAAAACAACUUCUUUGUGUACUGUAGUCUGCCUUCAGCGCCAAAUAUUUUGCAGAUAUGGAGGUAAGCACGCACACAUAACACGUUAUGAUAUUGUAAAACUCGAUGAGAAUCUUCAUUCAUUUGCAAAAUGAGAAAAGAUAUUGCAAAUUCUUUCACUAUUCAUGUGUUACUCGUAUAUGACUUAA